UCUCACAUCUCGUCAAUCUCCAACAUUUAUGUCUAUGAUGGGCCCAUUGGUUCCUCGCCCAAUUGCGAUGCAAAAGUCCGUGUCAUAAGUGAUCUUUCCUCUGCUAUACUAUCUUUAUCCUGUGUCCUAUGGGAGACUCCCAUACGUGCAGUUUCCCAUGAUUCUUGUCCUUUGACAAUUUAUGUUGCCACGUCCAUGAGUUUGAGCGUGGCCUCCAAUAUCAGUCUUGAUCCUAAUCGCCGUGAUGGAUUUAUAGCAGCUGAUGUUGAGAGGUCAUCAGUUGUUCUAACUGGUAAAGCCUUUGCCGAUAUAGUUGGAGUUAGGAAGGCAUUAACUGCUGUAUCUGAACCUAUCAUAUGCACAAGCGGAGGCCUUCCUCUAUCGGCAAGGCUUCUAGUGCAUGGGUAUAAUGUGGUUCUCCUAUUUGCCCCUGAGGCUGCUAUCCAGAGCUGGAAAGACCAGUUAGUGUCUGCAGAUGCUGGCCUAUUGUCUCUUCUGAAGGCACUGCACUACUCUUUCCAACUGGAUAUUCUGAUGGCCCCUAUGUAUACAAGAUACCAGCUGCCAUUGUCCUGGCAUCUGCUGACGGUACUGGCACUCUCCCUCCUUUGUCCGAGCUGACCCCUGAGCAAGCGGGUUAUCAUUUCUUAACUGGCUAUCAAAAUGGGACUUUUACACCUGUCUACAGCAAAGGUUCAUCUGUCAAUGCAUUAGAACUUGCAAAGGCUCUUCUAUCCAAGCUGAGAGACAACCAGAUCUCAUGUUUUCUGGUUAAUGUCAGUGCAGGAGAGAAGGCUCCAAUAGGUAGGGAUGAACCAAGAAAUAUUCGAAAUGGCUGAGGAAAGAUAUCUAAACUAAGGAAACAUCUGCUUUGUUGUGUGUGUCCAAUUAAGUUUACCCACUGUGGAAGAACCAAUAGUAUUGUCCAAUUUGAAAGGCCUUUAUCUCUCCAUUCUUUGUCUUGUUUAUUUGUAGAUUUAGUCUGUAUAGUACAUAUGUUAAUAAUUCUUAUGAUUAACUGAGUGAAUAAUGCACGCAAUGAAAGAACACAGAAAUAUUACUGUCCCCUUUCACGGGUCGUUAUUUGAAAUAGUGAGGGGUGGACGUUUUAUUUAGCCUAAGUAGAGGGCGGUUCGUUGUGUUUACUGUUUAUGGUCAGCAAUUUUCCUUAAGCAAUUGACCCAACGGGGGGGAUUGCUUUUUUGGAAUCACACUGUUUAAUUCUAGGUAACGAAUUCAUGAAGUUGGUGCAGUCAACUCUAUUGAAGAAAGUUCCACCCUUUGAACCUAAUGGUAUGCCAGCGGUCAAUUGAUCUUUGAAACACUUGUUUAUCUGGCCCGGAGACUUAUCUGGUAGUUUUUGCGGUGGGAUAUUUGAAAACAAGAUACCAGAGCUUCUUGUCAGCCAAGUUUCCGGAGAUACCCGUGGAAUUUUGCUUCUAAGAGAGCGAAGACCCUGUCAAAAUGUAGCAUCAA